CGCAGCGGAGGAGUCGGGGUGCGUGCGGUGCGUCGGUCGGUCGCUGGGGUGUCGGACCGUAUGGCGCGCGGCUCUGGUUGCCGGCAGUGAUGCGCUGUUGAGCGAGGAGCGGCCUCAGUGGACCAUCCUGGAGCAGGCGGACGGUGGCGCGAUGCGUCCGCUGGCGGUGUGCGCGCUGCUCGUGCUCCUGACGGGAUGCCGGGCCAGCGUCAAUCUGUGGGUCUCCAAGUCGGAAACGCGCGCUCUGAUAGGUCUGGCCACAGAAAUAUUCUACGUGCAGGAAGGCGUCAUCAACGAAUACGCCAUGAACUUCACAGUGGUCGUGCCGCCAAACAUAUCCGACCUGCACUUCAACUGGGAAAGCACUAGCAGGAAGGCGGUGGCGUACGACAUUUCACUGGAAGUGGCCAACCCGUCGGUGCUGGACCGCCCGUCGCUGAACAUUCCAUCCAGCGGGUUGGUGCCCAAGGACCACCAGCUCUUCACCGUGCACCUGCCCUGUCGGCCUGGCGUCACCGCCGAGACGGACGUGAGGCUCAAGAUCAGCCUGCUGCUGCCCAGGCAGCCGCCGCUCCGGCGCAAGAAGACCAACACCCUGCUGGUGUUUCGCCGCGGGCGCGUCUGCCGCGCGGAGGUCACGCCGACGGUAGCGCCGCUCGGCGGCGGUGACGUGAUGUUGGAGGACGCAGCCGGCCCCACCCGGCUGGGCGACCCGCCGGCCGACGACGAGACGCCCUCCUCUGGCGUGCUGUAUAUGGCCGUCGGCAGCUCGUGCGGCGUCAUACUGGUCAUCAUGAUCAUCCUGGCCGUGGUGCUCUCAAGGAACAGCGCCGCCAAACGCAGGAAACGCGCCCUCAGUGACACGUCUGGAGAGUACGACUCGACCCACCACUACAUGCAAGUACCCACUCCGUCCUACUCCUGCCACUCAAUCCGCUCGUCCCAUCACUAUGCGUCGCUUCGCCCGCUGCCCACCUGUCCGUCGUACACCAGCCAGAAGACGGUGACCACGCCGCUGGGGCAGACCAUAGGUCACAGCCACAGCCUGGGCUCGCACGGCGGCGCGGCCGGCUUCGGCCAGACGCUGAGUCACAGCGUGAGCCAGGGCCUGAGCCACAGCUCUGGCCAGAGCUCUGGCCAGCCGAGCGUGGGCCACAGCUCCGGCCACAGGGUGCGGGACGUGGGCGAGCGCGUCUCGGAGCUGAUGGUGGACCGGCGACGCGUCGAGCUGGAUACGAUGCUGGAGGAGGGCACUUUCGGCCGGAUCGCCACCGGCUGGAUGGCCGACUCUGACGCCGGCGAGAAGGAGAGGCUCAUCAUCAAAUAUGUGACAGAACACGCGUCGGCGGCUCAGGUGUCGAUGCUGCUCCAGGAGGGCCUGGUGUUUUACGGCCUGCGACACAAGAACCUGCUGUCCGUGCUGGGGGUGGCCGUGGAGGAGCGGGCGCCACCCCUCGUCCUCUACCCCUACGUCAAGCACUGGAACCUCAAAAAGUAUCUUCAGACAUGCAGCUUUGGGGCCAGGAGCGACGUGAAGACCCUGACUGUACGGGACGUGGUGGACUUGGCUGAGCAGGUGACACAGGCCCUGUUGUACCUGCACGUGCAGAACAUCUGCCACACAGACGUAGCGGCCAGGAACUGCUGCGUGGACGACAGUUUGCACGUGAAGCUGGCAGACAGCGCGCUGUCACGUGACCUCUUCCCGGACGACUACUGCUGUCUGGCCGACAACAUCAACCGUUCCAUCAAGUGGAUGGCGAUGGAGGCCAUCCUCACCAACCAGUACACACCAGCCGCGGACGUGUGGUCGUUUGGUGUGCUGUUGUGGGAGCUGACCACGUUGGCACAGCAGCCAUAUGUGGAAGUGGACCCCUUUGAAAUGGCCAGCUUCCUGGACGAGGGCUAUCGGCUGGCCCAGCCCCUCAACUGCCCCGAUAAGCUGUUUUCUGUGAUGGCGUUCUGCUGGAGCCGCGAGCCGGAGGAGCGGCCGACGGCCGAGCAGAUCCUCGACUACCUGCACGGCUUCAGCAAGCAGCUCAGCCACUACCUGUAGCCGCGGUAUCCCGCACCCUUCAGUGGCUCGGCCCGCUGGUGCAGAUGUGGGAGGACAUGUUGCAUCCGUGCAGUUGGCAGCGCCCGCUGCUCUGCGACGGAGCACGAGGCAAAUUGGCCCGCCUUGUUCGUUCAGAUCCUCUCGGUGGCUCCGUCACCGACGCCACAACCGUCGCCUGCGAAGGCUUUAAGACUAACCGGUCCUGGUGUUCUACUUCUGGGUCGCUCGAAUUCAGUGCAAUAUGUAUUGCAUGCAACGCGAGUGAGACCUCUGUGGUUCGGUCACAAGCAUAGACAUUAGUGUUGGCUGAGAGAUUACUGUGAUAUAAUUUAGGUCGUACGGUCUAUAUCUGCAGCGAGCCGUGAGGCUCCGAAAACCGAGCGCAAAACAGAACGAUGCUUAGGUACUGAGUGAGUGUUACAUGUGUGUUUCUACCCCAUUUUCUAGUCGAAUAUAAUGAAUGGAAGGCAUAGCCGCUUCACCCAAUGCUGUCUUAUGAUGUUACGGUGUAAACAGCAAAACCUGCUGAUUAUCUUUUAUACCAAUCCAGUUUUGCACAUUCGUUCUUCCCUCUCGCUCUUAUCAGUGUGGCUAUGUUCGAACGCCGUAUUUCCUUCGCGAUCUCUUCCCCCUUGUCUCCGCUCAUUGGUAGAUGUGCAGGUUAUUCCAGUCGUGCGUCCAUGCAAGCACGCCAGUUGUCAACGCAACCCCAUGUGUGGUGUAUUGAUCUAGCUGUUGUUGCCCAACUGCGCGCGCCGAGGCUCCGAAGGAGCCCCUGUUACCCUUGCGUCGGAUAUGCGCAGAUGUGGAAAGUGUUUGCAUCUCAUCUCGGACUUGAUGGGAAAAUGUUUUCAUCUCUUUUCGCCUGACUGAAUGAUGCUUUCACCUCGGUGAAUGCACACAUUGGAACUUCUAUCGAUGCGAAAUAAAGCUUGAUAACCCU